AUGUGCGUUAUUGAGUUUAGGUGCGAAGUAAAUCUGCCGGACCCAGGAGUUGUUGUUACCGGACCUGGCAGAUAUAAAGUUAAUGAGCUAAUAGAUGUCGAAGGAGAUGGAAUGGUUGACAUGGUAUUUCGUUGCAUCCAGAAAAUGGAUAUUGACAAUAGGAUGAUGCUCUACCAGCACAUUGUCCUCAGCGGUGGAAGCACAAUGUAUCCUGGAUUACCUAGUCGCUUGGAGAAAGAAUUAUCGGAGCGUUAUCUGGAUUCGGUGUUAAAGGGAAAUAAGGACGGAUUGAAGAAACUAAGGCUGCGGAUAGAGGAUCCACCACGAAGAAAGCAUAUGGUGUAUCUUGGGGGUGCAGUUCUUGCUGGAAUCAUGAACAAUGACGGACGGAGUGCUAAUGUUGAAGUUGAACAAGAAGCUAAUGUUGAAGCUGAACAAGAACCACAAUAUUCUGAAAAUAAUGUGGUAGUUGAUAGGAAUCCAGACGAAGUAGAAAUCGAUGAAAAAGAAAUCGAUGCCGAUCCCGGAUCACGAAGGCCGAUUGAUACAUUUGAUGUAAACAUUCGAGAUCGUAUUCGUAGAGAAUAUGUGGCUAAAGGUCCUUGUCAACCAAAAGGUCUUGAUUUUCCUAGAAAAAAAUAUGGAAAAGAUUAUAGGGGUUUCAGAGAUGUUUGGUAUAAAGAUUAUGUUUGGCUUGAAUAUAGUACGUCAGAAGAUGCUGCGUAUUGCUUUUGGUGUUUUCUCUUCAAACGUGGAUAUUCGGCACCCGGAGAUGAAACCUUUGUUAGUAGUGGUUUCUCUAAUUGGAAAAAAGCCAACGAAAGAUUUAGAGCUCAUAUUGGGUCAGCUACUAGUUCACACAACAAAUCUAGAAUUGAAUAUGAAAACUUUGUGAAUCAAAGGCAAAGUGUAUCUUAUGUUGUUCGUAAAGCUAGUACAAGACAAGAGAAGGAAUAUCGAAUUCGUUUGACUGCAACUCUUGAUGUUAUUCGUUUUCUUUUGAAUCAAGGUUUGGCUUUUAGAGGAGAUGAUGAAGCCUCAACCUCCAUAAAUAGGGGUAAUUUUCUAGAGAUAUUACAUUGGUAUAGUUUAAGAAAUGAUGAGGUCGGUCAAGUUGUAUUAAAAAAUGCUCCGGGUAAUAAUCAAAUGAUUUCUCCAAAAAUUCAGAAAGAAAUGGUUAAUGCUUGUGCCGUUGAAACCACACUUAAAAUAUUGGGUGAACUUGGUGAAGGAUUAUUUUCCAUAAUGGUUGAUGAGUCUCGAGAUUGCUCAGUCAAGGAGCAAAUGGCUAUUGUUAUAAGAUAUGUGAACAAGAAUGGGGAGAUUAUAGAAAGAUUUUUAUCUUUGGUUCAUGUUAAGGAGACUACAUCAAGGUGUUUGAAAGAAGCAAUUGAUUUUGUAUUUUCUAAGUUGGGAUUAUCUUUAUCAAGAUUGAGAGGUCAGGGCUAUGAUGGAGCUUCAAAUAUGAGGGGUGAAUUUAAUGGAUUGAAGGCUCUUAUUUUAAAAGAAAAUCCAUCGGCAUGGUAUGUCCAUUGUUUUGCCCACCAACUUCAGUUGGUAUGUGUGGCAGUAUGCAAGGCAAAUCGACAUGUUUCUGAUUUUUUUGGCUAUCUUACCCCGAUUGUUACAGCAUGUGGAUCUUCUUGUAAAAGAGCAGAUAAACUUCGACAAAACGAACAUGAUAGAAUGGUUGAAAUGAUUGAAAAAGGGGAAAUCAAUUCAGGUAAAGGUCUAAACCAAGAAACUUCUUUGCAUAGACCUGGUGAUACUCGAUGGGGAUCUCAUUAUACAACUGUGAUUCGUCUUGUAUCUAUGUGGCCCUCAGUAGUCAAAGUUCUUGAAAGCAUAUUUAGUGAUGGAGAUGAUGCAGAGCAAAGUGGGAAGUGUAAAGGUUUGCUUCAAAAGAUGGAAAGUUAUGAUUUUGUGUUUAUCAUGAUUUUGAUGAAACAUUUGUUGUGUAUGGUUGAACCAUUAUCUUGUGCAUUGCAAGAUAGAGAGCAAAAUAUUUUGAAUGCCAUCAAUAUGAUAGCGGGUUUGAAAGAAGAGCUGCAAACUUUUCGAGAAUCUGGAUGGGAUGAUCUUUUGCAAGAAGUGGAAGAUUUUUGUCGAGUAAAUGAGAUUGAUGUUACUAAUAUGGAUGACAUUGUCCCCAGACGAAUACGCAUGAAGAGAGAUGGCACAGUUGUCACAAACUACCAUUAUUAUCGUGUUGAGAUUUUUUGUCAGGUUGUUGACUCCAUUAUUCAAGAAAUGAGGAAUCGUUUUUCCGAGUCUAGUACAGACUUGUUGAAUUGUAUGGCAUGUCUUGAUCCAAGAAAUCAAUUCUCAAAUUUCAAUGUCGAUAAACUUGUUCAUCUUGCCACCCUUUAUCCAAAGGACUUUUCGUCCACAGAGAUGACGAUUUUACCUCAUCAACUUAAAUCCUUUUUGAUUGAUGCAAGACGAGAUACACGUUUCUCUGAUGUUAAAGAUUUAGGGACUCUUUCAAAGAAAAUUGUUGAAAUGAUGAAAGAUGGAUUCUUUCCACUAGUUUAUCGGUUGAUUAAAUUGGUCUUACUUUUGCCUGUAGCGACUGCAUCUGUUGAACGAGUGUUUUCUGCAAUGAAGUUUGUGAAGUCAGAGUUGCGAAAUAGGAUGGGAGAUGAUUGGUUAAAUGAUAUCAUGGUGGUAUACAACGAGAGAAAAAUGUUCACUACUGUUUCUAAUGAACGAAUUUUGGAUGCUCCAGAGUUCUGGAUUAGCAGAGAAGACUAUUUGGAAGAGGGAAUUGCUUGUUUAAGCAAACUAGGUCAGGCAUGA